AUGGACUCAUUCAAGUGGUUAGCUUGCUUAUCAGCUGGAAAACAAUAUGACGCGAUUUUGAAGGAGAGAGAGGAAGACUUUAUUGUACGGGAAGGGGGGCCUGAUGGACGGUUGUUAAAUGUAGGGGAGGUUGUGAAUCGGGCUGAAUUGUUGCUUUUAGAGGGAUUACCUUUGAUACCGCGUGGGUUUAUCAAGCGGGUUUUAGAUAGAGAAGAGAUAGUAAGACAUAGGGAAGUAUUAGGGAAGAUUGUAGGAAUACCUGAUAAGGAAGGAAGACAAAAAGUUCAUCAGUUAUAUUCAAUGCAUCCGUUUGUUUAUACUAAGACUAUUAAGAACCAGAGUGGAAGUACUGAUAUUUUAGUACUCUUUGAUACUCAUCAUAAGCAGCAUAUAUAUUCAGUUUGUGUGACUAAGAAAGGACGAACUUCCCAUGAAGCAAUUAAGAUGGUGGCUAGUUUAUUACGUGUGGCAGAACAUGAUGUGAUGUUUGCUGGUAAUAAGGAUAAAAAGGGUAUUACGACUCAGCGAAUUAGUGUAGCUAAAGUGGCUUUUAUUGACUUGUACAAGGCUUGUCAUGCGGAGAAGAAGAGUAAGGAUGAUGAAACCUUAUCUCCGGAUAAUCAGUUUGCAACACGUGAAGUGCAAGAAUCGGACUUACCGGCUGAGGAUAUAGUAGUAGUAGAGUACGAGACAAUUAGUGCUGAGUUGGAUAAGGCAGUAGUUGAACUGGCCGGGCUUAAGGAGCAGAAAGAACAAAGCGAUGAAGAGUACUUGGCGACUGUCUUAGGAUUUGAACAGGAAGUUCAACUAACUACCAUUACACGGAUUCAUAAUAGAAUAGGACUAGGUGAUCUGUCUAAGAACAGGUUCUACUUACGACUUAAAGUAUCUGGUGAUGAACAAACUAUUCACCAAUCAGUAGUUGACUUGAAAACUAAAGGAUUCCCGAACUACUAUGGCCGACAACGGUUUGGGUAUAACAUGAACAAUUCUGAGGUCGGUAAACUUCUUCUAGACCGUAAGUUUGAUGAGGCUUUAGAUACGAUCAUUCAGAGUCUUUCCUCUUUAGAAAACUCAACGAAAGUCCAGGAUACGCUUGCUUGUAUUCGAGAAGGCAAACUUAAAGAAGCUAGUCUUACUAUACCGCCUAAAUUUCAUACGGAAAAGCAGAUCUUACGAGGUCUCAGUCGGGGCGUACCUCCAAAACAGAUCUUUCAAAUGAUCAGAAGAGAGAACCGUAUGAUAUACAUGCAUAGUUAUCAAAGCAUGCUUUUUAAUGAUAUGCUUGAAUCAAGAUUAAAGAAAGGUCUGAAUCCCCAGGAAUAUACAGGCGGCCGACUUUGGGUGGGUUCAAUUACUUCACAAGAAGAGAUCCACAACCAUAUUAAGGAAACAAGCACUCCAGAUUUAGACACUCUCUUCUUACCUCUAUUCCCAAAACCAGCCGCCGGCAGUCCACCUCCCCCACACAAUUCUUUGUGUCCUAAAGGCGGAUAUCGCAAAGCCAUCAUUCAUCCCGAGAAUUUGACCUAUUCCCUCAAGGAAGGCACACUUUCCCUCUCCUUUGAUUUACCACCCGGCACAUACGCAACUAUGGUCAUCAAAGAAAUCACCAAGAACGGCACCAAAGAAGUCACCUGGUAA